GGCGGCGGCCGCGGCGCUGAGGGGUGGCGGGAGGGCGGUGAGCCGCGAGGUGUUGCAGCUGGAGGCGCGGGGGCUUUGCACGAAGCCGGUGGGCACCGGGACAGCGCCGCCGCCGCCAAAGAUUUCUCCAGGCUGCUGUCUGGCUGGCUCAGUCUGUGCAGGGAGUCAGACCUCUUCCAAAGGUGGCUGCCCAUCCUCCUGCCUCCCCCUGCCCUUCCUUGCCAUCCUGCACCUUCCAUCUGGCAGAGAGAAAUGUAGCGGCACCACAGGGAAGCACCAAGCUGCUUGCCACGAAGGCACCAGUUGAAUUUCGUAAAAUGUUGUCUUCUAGCUCUCUCCUGCUGUCUGCAGACAAAGGUGAGAGCAUUUCUAGUCCCACCCUCAAGGAAGCUGCAAAACCUGCUGAAGACACGAGGAUGCCCGUGCCAAGAAAAACUGAGGUUGCAUUUCCUCAGCGAGGAGUUGCUUCCUCCCGUGAGGAGGAAAACCUCACCACACCUGCAGCAGGAAGAGGCCUGAGGAAAGAGUUAGCUGAGGAACAGACUUCAUCUUCAUCCAGCUCAGAUUCUAGCUCAGAUUCUGAGGAUGAGAAUGUUGAUGAUUCAAAAGUUGCCAUUAAAACUAAAGUUGAGUUUCCCAGACGAGAUCCCAUCUUUUAUGAGAAUAUAGCAGUAAAGGCAUCAAUGCUGGCAAAAGAGAAAUUGUCCCAGAAAUCCCUCAAAGAACAUGGAAUUAAGAAGCUGCCACGCAAACCAGAAAUUGACGUGUCUCUUGUAAAGGAGGUCAAAUUUUCUAAAACAUCCGUCGGCCAGGCAACAUCAAAAUCCAAAGCGAGAGACCCCAAAGUAAAAUCCCCUCCAAAAGAUCAGAAGCUGGGCUUAGAACCGCAUGUGGUGAAAAGUCUGGACCUCACCGAUGUCACUGCUAAGUCUGAUCAUGUGGAGGAAAAGUCCAUGGGACCCCAGGUAGCAGCUCUUCAGCUGAAAGCCUCAGCAGUGACUCAGGAAGACAAAAAGCAAGAUCUGCUAUCCAGAGGAGAGAAGGAAAAGAUGAAGAAGGCACCGGAGUCGGAAGCAAAAGAAGUAACUACUCCUAAAGUGGAAGAGAUUUCUGGAAGCACAACGUUGGUGAUGGGCACCACAGCCAAGGAGGAGAGCACUCAGGAAGCAGGAGUCCAGGCUGGAGAAAGCAGCACAACAGAGGAGCCAGCUCAGCCUGCUUCAGAGAAGUUUGAUAAUUCCACCUACAAGAACCUGCAGCACCACGACUAUCACACGUUCACCUUCCACGAUUAUGUUGCUAUCCUUGCCAAGUACAGGCAGCCUCAGCCAUCCUCUGGAAGACCAUCACCACGGCACUGAGAGAGCCACGCUUAGAGCAAACACCCAGGCAGGAUGGUGAAUUGUUCUAUUUAGCACUGUUGCUUCAUCUGUAUAAUUGAAAUCAGAUAAUAAAUAAUAAAGGCAUAAUAACUUGGGCUUUUGAACAGUU